AUGCUGUUGUUUCUGACAUCAGUUUCUGGGAUGUUUCCUGUCUUUCCCUACCUCUCUCCAGAUGAGACGUCGUUUGAGGCGGGCAUCAAGGUCCAGAUCCACACCCAGGACGAGCCACCCUUCAUUGACCAGCUGGGCUUUGGAGUGGCACCAGGCUUCCAGACCUUCGUAUCUUGUCAGGAACAACGGGUAGGGUGUCAGUCAAUCAAUUAAUCAAUCAAUUAAGACUGCCAUUAUUGGCUCUUCCCAAUGUGGGCUUGCUACAGGGAGGGAGGGCACAACAUUGGUCAAAACAAAUAAUGGUUGUCUGGGUUAUUGUUGAUGUCGGUAAGUGGGAGGUUGUUCGUGAUUCAUGAUGAUGUCAUCCUGCCACCUUUAAGGGGGGCUGAAAUACGUAUGUGUGUUUUCAGCUACUCAACCGGCGUGCACCGUUAUAUUUAUAUCCGAAGGCCAUGUUCUUGUUGAAAGCAGGACGAGGUAAUUCUGAAACCCAGUCAGUCAGUUUCACCUUGAACUCUGACCACUCCACUCUCCUCUCCUUCUCCUAAUGCAUGUUACAUUACGGGAAUCUCAUCAGUGGCUUGGUGGAAAUCCACACUUUUUCAAUCAGUGCUCCCAUGGCCUCUUUCUCUCUCUGCGAGAGAAGAGAACCCACCACUGAAUAAUUCCACAUGAUAUGGGGUUGGAAACUUAAUGAUUAUUAUCCCCCAAAAAAAUUGUUCCGUUCCGAGUGAUAAGAAGGAAGCCUGUACAGAAUACAAAUAUUACAAAACAUGCAUUAAGGCACUAUAGUAAAACUGCAAAAAAUGUGGCAAAUAAAUUUACUUUAUGUCCUGAAUUCAAAGCGUUAUGUUUGGGGAAAAUCCAACACAGCACAUCACUGAGUACCACUUUUCAUAUUUUCAAGCAUGGUGGUGGCUGCAUCAUGUUAUGGGUAUGCUUGUCCUUGACAAGGGUGUUUUUUAGGAUAAAAAGAAGCGGAAUAGAGCUAAGCACAGGCAAAAUCCUAGAGGAAAACCUGGUUCAGUCUACUUUCCAACAGACACUGGGAGACAAAUUCACCUUUCAGCAGGACAAUAGCCUUAAACACAAGGCCAAAUCUACACUGGAGUUGCUUACCAAGACGACAUUGAAUGUUCCUGAGUGGCCUAGUUACAGUUUUGACUUAAAUAUGCUUGAGAAUCUAUGGCAAGACUUGAAAAUGGCUGUCUAGCAAUGAUCAACAACCGACCAACCGACCAACCAACCAACCAACCGACCAACCAACCAACCGACCAAUCAAAGAUUGAAGAAUAAUAAUAAUCCAAAAAGUGGACAUAUUGUCCAAUCCAGGUGUGCAAAGCUCUUAGAGACUUACCCAGAAAGACUCACAGCUGUAAUCGCUGCCAAAGGUGAUUAUAACAUGUAUUGACUCAGGGGGUUGAAUAUCAAAUCAAAUCAAAUCAAAUUGUAUUGGCCACAUGCGCCGAAUACAACAUGUGCAGACAUUACAGUGAAAUGCUUACUUACAGCCAUUAACCAACAGUGCAUUUAUUUUUUAUAAAAAAGUAAAAUAAAACAACAACAAAAAAGUGUUGAGAAAAAAAGAGCAGAAGUAAAAUAAAAUGACAGUAGGGAGGCUAUAUAUACAGGGGGGUAGCGGUGCAGAGUCAAUGUGCGGGGGCACCGGCUAGUUGAGGUAGUUGAAGUAAUAUGUACAUGUGGGUAGAGUUAAAGUGACUAUGCAUAAAUAAUUAACAGAGUAGCAGCAGCGUAAAAAGAUGGGGUGGGCAGUGCAAAUAGUCCGGGUAGCCAUGAUUAGCUGUUCAGCAGUCUUAUGGCUUGGGGGUAGAAGCUGUUGAGAAGUCUUUUGGACCUAGACUUGGCACUCCGGUACCGCUUGCCGUGCGGUAGCAGAGAGAACAGUCUAUGACUAGGGUGGCUGGAGUCUUUGACAAUUUUGAGGGCCUUCCUCUGACACCGCCUGGUAUAGAGGUCCUGGAUGGCAGGAAGCUUGGCCCCAGUGAUGUACUGGGCCGUACGCACUACCCUCUGUAGUGCCUUGCGGUCGGAGGCCAAGCAGUUGCCAUACCAGGCGGGGAUGCAACCAGUCAGGAUGCUCUCGAUGGUGCAGCUGUAGAAUUUUUUUGAGGAUCUGAGGACCCAUGCCGAAUCUUUUCAGUCUCCUGAGGGGGAAUAGGCUUUGUCGUGCCCUCUUCACGACUGUCUUGGUGUGUUUGGACCAUGAUAGUUCGUUGGUGAUGUGGACACCAAGGAACUUGAAGCUCUCAACCUGUUCCACUACAGCCCCGUCGAUGAGAAUGGGGGCGUGCUCAGUCCUCUUUUUUUUCCUGUAGUCCACAAUCAUCUCCUUUGUCUUGGUCACGUUGAGGGAGAGGUUGUUAUCCUGGCACCACACGGCCAGGUCUCUGACCUCCUCCCUAUAGGCUGUCUCAUCGUUGUCGGUGAUCAGGCCUACCACUGUUGUGUCGUCUGCAAACUUAAUGAUGGUGUUGGAGUCGUGCCUGGCCAUGCAGUCAUGGGUGAACAGGGAGUACAGGAGGGGACUGAGCACGCACCGCUGAGGGGCCCCCGUGUUGAGGAUCAGUGUGGCAGAUGUGUUGUUACCUACCCUUACCACCUGUGGGCGGCCCGUCAGGAAGUCCAGGAUCCAGUUGCAGAGGGAGGUGUUUAGUCCCAGGCAUCCUUAGCUUAGUGAUGAGCUUUGAGGGCACUAUGGUGUUGAAUGCUGCGCUGUAGUCAAUGAAUAGCAUUCUCACGUAGGUGUUCCUCUUGUCCAGAUGGGAAAGGGCAGUGUGGAGUGCAAUAGAGAUUGCAUCAUCUGUGGAUCUGUUGGAGCGGUAUGCAAUACUUAUCUAAUCAAGAUAUUUUAGUGUUUUAUUUUUCAUACAUUCUUUACAAAUGUUAGAAUUGUUCUUACACUUUGACUUAAGAGUAUUUUGUGUAGAUCAUUGACAAAAAAUUACAAUUAAAUCAAUUUUAAUCCCACUAAAUAAGUUUUAUAAAUAAGUGGUAUAAGUCAAGGUGUGUGAAUACUUUCGGAAGGCACUGUAUGUGAUGCACACACACAAACACACACCACACACACACACACACAAUAUAUGUAAAUGUUUUUAAAUGUAUGUAAAUUGUUUAUCUGUAAUGUAUUUUUCGUUAUGUGUUAGACCCCAGUAUGUCUAGCUGUCGCCAUUGGGCGGCGACUAAUGGGGAUCCCAAAAAGUUGAAAUAAAUAAAAUUGUAUCCUUAACUAGCAUUGAAAAAGUUAAUCCAUUCUUCUCUAAUUAAAAAUCUCUCUCCCUAUUUUUUGAAUAAUUCAUGUAACAUCUGUAGCCUAUGCUUUGGAGGGGGAAUGGGCAGGUAACCGACACACUGGCAAAGGUUUUCAACUGGCAUGCAGACACUGACUGGAAGAAGUUUCUAGGUGACAGAGUGAGGGCUUUGUAUAAGCGCUUUGUUGUGUUUUUUGUGGGGCUGUAAAAAAAAAAAAUGUAGAUCGUUCUGUUUCGGUUCCAACCCCUGGCACCCAUCCAUCCCUACCCUCUCAUCAUGUAUAUCAAAUCAGACCGAGUGUGAACUUAUACAGUGAGGGAAAAAAGUAUUUGAUCCCAUGCUGAUUUUGUACGUUUGCCCACUGACAAAGAAAUGAUCAGUCUAUAAUUUUAAUGGUAGGUUUAAUUGAACAGUGAGAGACAGAAUAACAACAAAAAAAUCCAGGGAUUUUGUCCCACUCCUCUUUGCAGAUCUUCUCCAAGUCAUUAAGGUUUCGAGGCUGACUUUUGGCAACUCGAACCUUCAGCUCCCUCCACAGAUUUUCUAUGGGAUUAAGGUCUGGAGACUGGCUAGGCCACUCCAGGACCUUAAUGUGCUUCUUCUUGAGCCACUCCUUUGUUGCCUUGGCCGUGUGUUUUGGGUCAUUGUCAUGCUGGAAUACCCAUCCACGACCCAUUUUCAAUGCCCUGGCUGAGGGAAGGAGGUUCUCACCCAAGAUUUGACGGUACAUGGCCCCGUCCAUCGUCCCUUUGAUGCGGUGAAGUUGUCCUGUCCCCUUAGCAGAAAAACACCCCCAAAAGCAUAAUGUUUCCACCUCCAUGUUUGACGGUGGGGAUGGUGUUCUUGGGGUCAUAGGCAGCAUUCCUCCUCCUCCAAACACGGCGAGUUGAGUUGAUGCCAAAGAGCUCCAUUUUGGUCUCAUCUGACCACAACACUUUCACCCAGUUCUCCUCUGAAUCAUUCAGAUGUUCAUUGGCAAACUUCAGACGGGCAUGUAUAUGUGCUUUCUUGGGCAGGGGGACCUUGUGGGUGCUGCAGGAUUUCAGUCCUUCACGGCGUAGUGUGUUACCAAUUGUUUUCUUGGUGACUAUGGUCCCAGCUGCCUUGAGAUCAUUGACAAGAUCCUCCCGUGUAAUUCUGGGCUGAUUCCUCACCGUUCUCAUGAUCAUUGCAACUCCACGAGGUGAGAUCUUGCAUGGAGCCUCAGGCCGAGGGAGAUUGACAGUUCUUUUGUGUUUCUUCCAUUUGCGAAUAAUCGCACCAACUGUUGUCACCUUCUCAUAAAGCUGCUUGGCAAUGGUCUUGUAGCCCAUUCCAGCCUUGUGUAGGUCUACAAUCUUGUCCCUGACAUCUUUGGAGAGCUCUUUGGUCUUGGCCAUGGUGGAGAGUUUGGAAUCUGAUUGAUUGAUUGCUUCUGUGGACAGGUGUCUUUUAUACAGGUAACAAGCUGAGAUUAGGAGCACUCCCUUUAAGAGUGUGCUCCUAAUCUUAGCUCGUUACCUGUAUAAAAGACACUUGGGAGCCAGAAAUCUUUCUGAUUGUCACGGUCGUUGAGAGACGGGUCAGACCAAGGUGCAGCGUGGUAUGCGUACAUGUUUAUUAGAACAAAUAAACACUUGACAAAACAACAAAAGCAACGUAACCGUGAAGAUCCUAAGGGCUAACACCACAAGCCUAUCAGGAACACAAACAAGAUCUUUUUGUUGUUGUUAUUCUGUCUCUCACUGUUCAAAUAAACCUACUAUUUAAAUUAUAGACGGAUCAUUUCUUUGUCAGUGGGCAAACGUACAAAAUCAGCAGGGGAUCAAAUACUUUUUUCCCUCACUGUACUCUCUCUGGGUCACUAAAUAUAGUAUUUAUAAUGGUUCCCCAUUAGUUCCUGCCAAGGCAGCAGCUACUCUUCCUGGGGUUUAUUAUGGAUCCAUUUAUUAUGGAUUCCUGGGGUCCAAACACAUUAAGGCACAUCACACACAACAAAAAACGGUACACCAUAUAACAUCAUUGCACCACUACAUAUCUACAACACAAAAUACCGCCAUACAACAAUAUUACAAUGAAUGUAUGUGUGUACAAAGUGUGUGUGCUAGCGUGUGUGUGCGUAUGCGUGAAUACGCACAUACAAUACUGGUCAAAAGUUUUAGAACACCUACUCAUUCAAGGGUUUUUCUUUAUUUUUACUGUUUUCUACAUUGUAGAAUAAUAGUGAAGACAUCAAAACUAUGAAAUAACACAUAUGGAAUCAUGUAGUAACCAAAAAAGUGAUAAACAAAUCAAAAUAUAUAAUCAAAAUAUAUUUUAUAUUUGCGAUUCUUCAAAUAGCCAUGAGUAGGUGUGUCCAAACUUUUGACUGGUACUUUAUGUAAAUGUGAUAUAUCAGUUUUGUUUUGUUUUUUCAUUGGAAAGAAAUUCUAAAAACCAGUUUUUGCUUUGUCAUUAUGGAGUAUUGUGUGUAGAUUGAUGAGAAAAAAUGAUUUAAUCCAUUUUAGAAUAAAGUUGUAACGUAACAAAAUGUGGAAAAUGUCAAGGGGUCUGAAUACUUUCCGAAUGCACUGUAAAACGCAGGAAAAUCACAUUGUUGACUGCACUGGGCCUUUAAUAUUACUCACACUUAGGGGAGAGUGGGGUACAUUGGGCAUUUUUUAUAUUCAGCAUCACUCCGUCAAGGGAAAUAUAGUAUUCUUUUGAUAUCUACAUAUAUUUCAGGAUGUUGUGUAUCACUGGAAAUAAUCAGAAUUCAUGUAAACAUUAUCGUUUUGAAAACAUAGCUUGUCCACAAAAUGUGGUCUCUUGGCACAACUUACACCGGGUAUGGGGUAUGUUGAGCCCGGGACAGGGUAAGUUAAGCCACCUACAGAUUUCUGUACUGAAUGAAAUAUUACCACUACCUUUUUAAAACCCAUGACUAUCUUUAUUUCCAUAAAACACAAUUCAACACGAUCACAACCGCUUUUUGUCCUUUAAUCAUUAUAUGCAUAUUUUAACACAGGUUUAACACCUAAGGCCAGGCCCUGUUAUUACCUCAUAUCAACCUCAUAUCCCACUUCAAUUUGCUCAAUUUGCCAUUGGCUCAACCAUUGUCUCAACUUACCCCAUGGCCAUUGGCUCAAUUUAUUCCAAGGCAAACAUUUUUGUCUAUAUUAGCCCACACAGCUACAAGGAUGCACUUUCAUGCUAGGUUUAGGACCUCAUAUUGAAACGUAUAGAGAGAGACCCAAACUUAAAAGUAUCUACUUUGAUUUAGAUACAAGCAUCAUGAAUCCUCUAACACAAUAAAUUCAUUUGACUUUGGUGAUAGUCCGUUUUUUUGGACCUAACUUGCUUUGUCCAUGUGGAUUCUUCUUCUCAGACUCCAUGAAAUGAUCACCUCUUCCUAAAUAUUUGGUCAAAUUAUUAAUUUUGUGUAUGGUUUCCUAGAAACAAUGCCGGCUCAACUUACCCCUUCAGCUAAACUUACCCCUCUCUCCCCUAAUCUACUUCUAAUGAAGAGAAUCCGGAAUGUUCUCUACCAUUUAUGAAAGAGAAUAUUUCAGAGCUCUCCUCAACUCUUUGUUCUUUCUCUGUCUUUCCUCACGCUCUCUCUCUCUCUCCCACUUACUCACACACACAGACAUGUAGGCUAAAGCCUGUAAAACAUUCAUACUCACUUCAGCCUCAGCAAAUUAGCCAGUAACCUUCAAUUAGGAGGAACUCCGGUUGAAAACUAAACAACACAACGAUUUGUUUCUCUGUUUUUUUUCUGAGUUGGUGGUUACUGUUAAUAAAGCCAAAAGCUUUUCACAGACAGUUGCAAGACGGCUGGUUCUUCAGACAGGUAUGAAACAGAUGAUGAGUUGGACAAACCCAGAGAAAGCUAGAGAUGCGUCCCAAAUGGCACCCCCUUUCCCUACACCCUAUGGGCCCUGGUCAAAAGUAGUGCACUAUAUUGGGAAUAGGGUGCCAUUUGGAACACCGUGUGCUGCUCAGCCCAUUGUGACCAGCACUGUUUAAUUUCAUUCUCUUUUCUUCUGCCUUCGCACAACUGUGAAUCCUCCCAUCUGAAACAGCAAAUAGAGAAAUCAUUAUUUUGUAAUUCGAUUUUGGGGGGAGAUGGGACAGAAUGUGUGUGAACAUGUGUUGGUACACUCAGUAAUCCCCUCUUUGAACCAUGUGGUAUAAGGGUCUAUGUGUUUAGUUAACGUGUUGGUACACUCAGUAAUCCUCUCUUUGAACCAUGUGGUAUAAGGGUCUAUGUGUUUAGUUAACGUGUUGGUACACUCAGUAAUCCUCUCUUUGAACCAUGUGGUAUAAGGGUCUAUGUGUUUAGUUAACGUGUGUUGGUACACUCAGUAAUCCCCUCUUUGAACCAUGUGCAAAUUUUUUUUAUAAAUGUUUGCACAUUUAUAAAAAAUAAAGAAAACUGAUAUCACAUUUACGUAAGUAUUCAAACCCUUUACUCAGUACUUUGUUGAAGCACCUUUGGCAGCGAUUACGGCCUCAAAUCUUCUUUGGUAUGAUGCUACAAGCUUGGCACACCUGUAUUUGGGGAGUUUCUCCCAUUCUUCUCUGCAGAUUGUUUCAAGCUCUGUCAGGUUGGAUAGGGAGUGUCACUGCACAGCUCUUUUCAGGUCUCUCCAGAGAUGUUCGAUCGGGUUCAAGUCUGGGCUCUCUAGCUGGGCCACUCAAGGACAUUCAGAGACUUGUCCCGAAGCCACUCCUGUGUUGUCUUGGCUGUGUGCUUAGGGUCGUGGUCCUGUUGGAAGGUGAACCUUUGCCCCAGUCUGAGGUCCUGAGCGCUCUGGAGCAGGUUUUCAUCAAGGAUCUCUCUGUUCUUUGCUCCGUUCAUCUUUCCCUCAAUCCUGACUAGUCUCCCAGUCCCUGCCGCUGAAAAACAUCCCAACAGCAUGAUGCUGCCACGACCAUGCUUCACCGUAGGCAUGGUGCCAGGUUUCCUCCAGACGUGACGCUUGGCAUUCAGGCCAAAGAGUUUAAUCUUGGUUUCAUCAGACCACAGAAUCUUGUUUCUCAUGGUCUGAGAGUCCUUUAGGUGAUUUUUGGCAAACUCCAAGUGGGCUCUCAUAUGCCUUUUACUUAGGAGUGUCUUCCGUCUGGCCACUCUACCAUAAAGGCCUGAUUGGUGGAGUACUGCAGAGAUGUUUGUCCUUCUGGAAGCUUCUCCCAUCGCCACAGAGGAACUCUGGACCUCUGUCAGAGUGACCAUCGGGUUCUUGGUCACCUCCAUGACCAAGGCCCUUCUCCCCCGAUUGCUCAGUUUGACCGGGCGGCCAGCUCUAGGAAGAGUCUUUGUGGUUCCAAACUUCUUCCAUUUAAGAAUGAUGGAGGCCACUGUGUUCUUGGGGACCUUCAAUGCUGCAGAAAUGUUUUGGUACCCUUCCCCGGAUCUGUGCCUCAACACAAUCCUGUCUUGGAGCUCUACGGAUAAUUCCUUUGACCUCAUGGCUUGGUUUUUGCUCUGACAUGCACUGUCAACUGUGGGACCUUAUAUAGACAGGUGUGUGCCUUUCCAAAUCAUGUCCAAUCAAUUGAAUUUACCACAGGUGGAGUCCAAUCAAGUUGUAGAAACAUCUCAAGGAUGUUCAAUGGAAACAGGAUGCACCUGAGCUCAAUUUCAAGUCUUAUAGCAAAGGGUCUGAAUACUUAUGUAAAUAAGGUAUUUCUGUUUUUUAUUUUUAAUAAAUUAGCAAACAUUUCUAAAAACCUGUUUUCGCUUUGUCAUUAUGGGGUAUUGUGUGUAGAUUGAUGAGGAAAAAUGUGUAUUUAAUCAAUUUUAGAAUAAGGCUGUAACAUAACAGAAUGUGGAAAAGUUCAAGGGGUAUGCACUGUAUGUCCUUACAUCUCUCUGUCUCUCCUCUAUAGCUAACGUUCCUUUCUCCCCCAUUGACUCAGACUUCUUCUGACCUCUCUCUCUCUCUCUCUCUCUCUCUCUCUCUCUCUCUCUUUCUCUCUUCUGUAGCUGACGUACCUGCCUCCUCCAUGGGGGGAUUGCAAGUCCACUCCCAUGGACUCUGACUUCUUCAGCUCCUAUAGCCUCACGGCCUGCCGUAUCGACUGUGAGACACGCUACCUGGUGGAGAACUGCAACUGCCGCAUGGUGCACAUGCCUGGUAGGAGCCUCUCUCUCUCAAUUUCAAUUUCAAUUUCAAUUUAAGGGGCAAUAUUGGCAUGGGAAACAUAUGUUUAUAUUGCCAAAGCAAGUUAAAUAGAUAAUAAACAAAAGUGAAAAAAAUAUAUUAAAAAAAUAACAGUAAACAUUACACUCACAAAAGUUCCAAAAUAAUAAAGACAUUUCAAAUGUCAUAUUAUGUCUAUAUGAUAAUAAAUAAUAUAAUGAUGUGCAAAUAGUUAAAGUACAAAAGGGAAAAUAAAUCAACAUCAACAUAAAUGUGGGUUGUAUUUACAAUGGUGUUUGUUCUUCACAAAUCUUGCUGCUGUGAUGGCACAUUGUGGUAUUUCACCGAAUAGAUAUUGGAGUUUAUCAAAAUUGGGUUUGUUUUCGAAUUCUUUGUGGGGAAUAUGUGUCUCUAAUAUGGUCAUACAUUUGGCAGGAGGUUAGGAAGUGCAGCUCAGUUUCCACCUCAUCUUGUGGGAAGUGUGCACAUAGCCUAUCUUCUCUUGAGAGCCAGGUCUGCCUACGGCAGCCUUUCUCAAUUGCAAGGCUAUGCUAAUUGAGUCUGUACUUAGUCAAAGCUACUCUCUCUCUCUCUCUCUCUCUCUCUCUCUCUCUCUCUCUCUCUCUCUCUCUCUCUCUCUCUCUCUCUCUCUCUCUCUCUCUCUCUCUCUCUCUCUCUCUCUCUCAUUUACACAUACACACAUGAUACCUGUAAAAUUACAACUGGUACACAUGCAUCAGCCAAGUCCUGGCUCAGUGGAGUUUUCCAAAAAAGCUCAACUUGUGGGGCGGGUUGCCAUACACAACGUUGCUGGUUCGAUACCCCACCCCAAACCACUAACUAUAAACUUAACCAAUCACAUUUCUUGCCUAAACUUAAAUUAAUUCCUGCCCUUGAGGCAGAGAGGCCCCUAGAAAAAGAUAAAAUGGAGGAACAUUUCGCCUGCCAAGUGCUGAGUUAUCCUCUAUGUCACUGACGCUAUAGGGAACCAUGACUCAGAGUCACAAACAAAGAUGUGAAAAACGUGUCGUCACACUGCUAUGGUUCAGUAGAUUUACAGUGGCUUGUGAAAGUAUUCACCUUGGGGUAGUAACAGACUACAUUGGUUCACCUUGGGGUAGUAACACACUACAUUGGUUCACCUUGGGGUAGUAACACACCACAUUGGUUCACCUCGGGGUAGUAACACACUACAUUGGUUCACCUUGGGGUAGUAACACACUACAUUGGUUCACCUUGGGGUAGUAACACACUACAUUGGUUCACCUUGGGGUAGUAACACACUACAUUGGUUCACCUUGGGGUAGUAACACACUACAUUGGUUCACCUUGGGUAGUAACACACUACAUUGGUUCAACCUUGGGGUAGUAACACACUACAUUGGUUCACCUUGGGGUAGUAACACACUACAUUGGUUCACCUUGGGGUAGUAAACCACACUACAUUGGUUCCACCUGUGGGGUAGUAACAGACUACAUUGGUUCACCUUGGGGUAGUAACACACUACAUUGGUUGUGCUGGAUUUGUCAGAACAAUUGCUAAUGCCAAUGUUUGUCAGCCUGAUCAGUGUUGAGGCCAGAGAUACAAUUUUAAUAUCGGUUCUACUUAUUUCCUGAAUAGAUCUAAUUGUCAAAUCUAGUUUUUAUUAUGAUUCAUUCCUACAAAAUGGUUGUCAGCCUGUGCUAUCUAAAUGUGGAAUCUAGCUUUUAUUCUGAAUUGUUCCUAUAAUCAACACCUGUAAUUGAUGCUUGUUAGAAGUAGCAGUAGCAGUGUAUCUCAGUAGUUAUUCUGUGUGCUAUGGAAGACACUUGUCCCCAGCGUAUCCAUCAGUCAUCUGCACUGUGAAGCACCCUCCUCCACUUUGUCCCAAAUGGCACAAUAUUCCCUAUAAUAGUGCACUACUUUUGACUAGGGCCCUGGUCAAAAGUAGGGCACUACAUAGGGAAUAGGGUGUUGUUUGGGGCAUUGUCCUCCUCUGUAGCUUCUGUCAUGAGCUCAUUAAUUAAUCCUCAUCACUCCAGACCUGCCGGUGUCAUUUACUGGAUUUGAACAGUGUGGCAGGGAUCUGAAUAACAAUAGGUAUACGACAGGAGGGAGCUAAUUCACUGUAUCUAGGACAUCAUGUUGUUGUGUGUCUCUAACUGUGUUCUCACUAAUAGAAGAGCUUGUGCAAUCUAGAGAACAUGAAAGGACACCAGUGUUAAUAAAAAUCAAUAAUUAAAUUGGGAGAAGUUCUCUGGGCAGAUAAGAAAGAUGAAAUAAAUCAAGAGAGAAAGAGGAGUUGUAAUGACAGACAGAGAUGUCCCCUCAUCCAGGAUGUUGUGUUCUGUCUGUGUCAUGUUUUCCUCAGGAGAUGCCCCUUACUGCACCCCAGAGCAGUACAAGGAGUGUGCCGACCCCGCCUUGGGUAAGUAAAACCUCCAGUCUCGGUCCGUGCACAAAGCAAGAUCCAUACAGAAAUGGUUUGUCGAGAUCAGUGUGGAGGUUUUUGACUGGCCUGCACAGAGACCUGACCUCAACCCCAUCUAACACCUUUGGGAUGAAUUGGAACACCGACUGUGAGCUAGGCCUAAUCGCCCAACAUCAGUGCUGACCUCACUAAUGCUCCACUAAUGGAAGCAAGUCCCCGCAGCAAUGUUCCAACAUUGUGGAAAGCCUUCCCAGAAGAGUGGAGGCUGUUAUAGCAGCAAAGGGGGGACCAACUCCAUAUUAAUGCCCAUGAUUUUGGAAUGAGAUGUUUGACGAGUAGGUGUCCACAUACUUUUGGUCAUGUAGUGUGUAUCUCUCUCUCUCUCUCUCUCUCGCUCUCACUCUCUCGCUCUCUCUCUCUCUCUCUCUCUCUCGCUCUAUCUAUGUAUCCCCUUAAGUUGUCCCCUGUCUCUUUCUACCUAAACAGGGCUUUCCCACUGGGCACAGACGUCAGCUCAACAUUUAGUUUUGAUUUACAUUUGGUUGAGUUGUCAACUAACGUGAAUUCAACGUGAAAUCAACAAAAAAUGUCAUUGGAUUUAGGUUAAAAGUUGGCUGAAAAAUAGACAAAAUGCCCUUACAUUGAUGACUUUUUUUUGCAAAUCCAGUCAGUUUUCCGUGUUGAUUCAAUGUCCUCACAGAUGUUUUUGGUUGAAAUGACGUGGAAUGACAAUGUUGAUUCAACCAUUUUUUUGCUGAGUGGAUUGUCUGUUUCUCACGCCCUGCAACAUGCUGUAGUGCUACUAUAUAGGGUGCUAUAAAGGACACUGUCCCCUUGUUGUGUCCCCUUGUAGACUUCCUGGUGGAGAGGGAUAAUGACUACUGUGUGUGUGAGACACCCUGCAGCAUGACGCGCUUUGGAAAGGAGAUGUCCUUCGUCAAGAUCCCCAGUAAGGCCUCGGCCAAGUACCUGGCCAAGAAGUACAACAAGACAGAGCAGUACAUCGCGUAAGUUUACCUGUCUGCUCCUUAUCUAUCUGUCAGGUGCGUAAGUUUACCUGUCUGCUCCUUAUCUAUCUGUCAGGUGCGUAAGUUUACCUGUCUGCUCCUUAUCUAUCUGUCAGGUGCGUAAGUUUACCUGUCUGCUCCUUAUCUAUCUGUCAGGUGCGUAAGUUUACCUGUCUGCUCCUUAUCUAUCUUUCAGGUGCGUAAGUUUACCUGUCUGCUCCUUAUCUAUCUGUCAGGUGCGUAAGUUUACCUGUCUGCUCCUUAUCUAUCUGUCAGGUGCGUAAGUUUACCUGUCUGCUCCUUAUCUAUCUGUCAGGUGCGUAAGUUUACCUGUCUGCUCCUUAUCUAUCUGUCAAGUGUGGACAUUUAAAUAAAGGACAAUAUGAAGAAUCAUAUCCCCCAAAAAAGUGGGUUUAAAAAUACCUGUAGCGCGCUCUGUAAAUUGUUUUCUUGUGAAAGUUUAAAGUUGUAUUGUUAAUGAUCACCAUGACAGUCGGUCAGGUGAUUCAGAUUGUGUGUUAUCACGCAUUGCAUGAUGCUUAUUUAGAGGUUAAACGACUUCAAACAGACAAAACAGCAAAUGCAUUACAGUGAGUCAGUUCCCUCAGACAAAUUCAUCAUCGACAUGAUCUAAAUUCUCAGUGGAUAGAAAAUGUUUCCUUCUCUUCCUCCAGUCUGUUUAGAGGUGAAUCAGAUUGGAAUGAAUUUGCAUGAAUAUGUCUUGAGAGAGAGAGGUCUAGUUUGCGAGUGCAUGUGUGUGCGUGUGUGCGUGUGUGCGUGUGUGCAUGUGUGUGCGUGUGUGCGUGUGUGCGUGUGUGCGUGUGUGCGUGCGUGUGUGCGUGUGUGUGUGUGUGUGUGUGUGUGUGUGUGUGUGUGUGACAGAGACAGAGACAGAGACAGGGGAUGGUUGUUCGCUGGGCACUAGAAGGUGGGCUUGUCUGAUUGUUGCUGUUAUGCCAGCUGCUCUAGGUGUGUGUGUGUGUGUGUGUGUGUGUGUGUGUGUGUGUGUGUGUGUGUGUGUGUGUGUGUGUGUGUGUGUGUGUGUGUGUGUGUGUGUGUGUGUGUGUGUGUGUGUGUGUGUCAGACCGUCCCAGUUGGUCAGAGAUCCCAGGUUAACCAGAUGAGUAAUGAGAGGAGCUGACAGGCGUUUGUCUGGAGACGACGUGACACACACACUGACACGUAACACACACUGACACGUAACACACACUGACACGUAACACACAGCCGCUCCUGCAAAUCAGAGGAGAAAUUGCAGCGAGAUAGAGAGAGAGAGAGAAUGUCAGGGAGUUUGUAACUAAACUAAAAACUAAUUUGGAUAUUUCCCUCCUAGACAAGGGAGUGUAAAGUUAUACAUUUGUAGAUUGUAGAUGUAAUAUCUCAAGAGAUUAUUAGUAGUAUCAACAAUAACUUGUUGAUAUUAUACAUGUUCUUCAUUCUAUAUAUGAUUCAGAUUAUACAUGUUCUUCAUUCUAUAUGUGAUUCAGAUUAUACAUGUUCUACAUUCUAUAUGUGAUUCAGAUUAUACAUGUUCUACAUUCUAUAUGUGAUUCAGAUUAUACAUGUUCUACAUUCUAUAUGUGAUUCAUAUUAUACAUGUUCUACAUUCUAUAUGUGAUUCAGAUUAUACAUGUUCUACAUUCUAUAUGUGAUUCAUAUUAUACAUGUUCUACAUUCUAUAUGUGAUUCAUAUUAUACAUGUUCUACAUUCUAUAUGUGAUUCAGAUUAUACAUGUUCUUCAUUCUAUAUGUGAUUCAGAUUAUACAUGUUCUACAUUCUAUAUGUGAUUCAGAUUAUACAUGUUCUUCAUUCUAUAUGUGAUUCAGAUUAUACAUGUUCUACAUUCUAUAUGUGAUUCAGAUUAUACAUGUUCUACAUUCUAUAUGUGAUUCAUAUUAUACAUGUUCUACAUUCUAUAUGUGAUUCAGAUUAUACAUGUUUCUACAUUCUAUAUGUGAUUCAUAUUAUACAUGUUCUACAUUCUAUAUGUGAUUCAUAUUAUACAUGUUCUACAUUCUAUAUGUGAGUCAGAUAUACAUGUUCUACAUUCUAUAUGUGAUUCAUAUUAUACAUGUUCUACAUUCUAUAUGUGAUUCAGAUUAUACAUGUUCUUCAUUCUAUAUGUGAUUCAGAUUAUACAUGUUCUACAUUCUAUAUGUGAUUCAGAUUAUACAUGUUCUACAUUCUAUAUGUGAUUCAGAUUAUACAUGUUCUACAUUCUAUAUGUGAUUCAGAUUAUACAUGUUCUACAUUCUAUAUGUGAUUCAGAUUAUACAUGUUCUACAUUCUAUAUGUGAUUCAGAUUAUACAUGUUCUUCAUUCUAUAUGUGAUUCAGAUUAUACAUGUUCUACAUUCUAUAUGUGAUUCAGAUUAUACAUGUUCUUCAUUCUAUUGUGAUUCAGAUUAUACAUGUUCACAUUCUAUAUGUGAUUCAGAUUAUACAUGUUCUUCAUUCUAUAUGUGAUUCAGAUUAUACAUGUUCUACAUUCUAUAUGUGAUUCAGAUUAUACAUGUUUCUACAUUCUAUAUGUGAUUCAGAUUAUACAUGUUUCUACAUUCUAUAUGUGAUUCAUAUUAUACAUGUUCUACAUUCAUAUGUGAUUCAUAUUAUACAUGUUCUACAUUCUAUAUGUGAUUCCAGAUUAUACCAUGUUCUUCAUUCUAUAUGUGAUUCGAUUAUACAUGUUCUACAUUCUAUAUGUGAUUCAGAUUAUACAUGUUUCUUCAUUCUAUAUGUGAUUUCAGAUUAUACAUGUUCUACAUUCUAUAUGUGAUUCAGAUUAUAACAUGUUCUCAUUCUUAUGUGAUUCAUAUUAAUACAAUGUUCUACAUUCUAUAUGUUGAUUCAGAUUAAUACAUGUUCCUACAUUCUAUAUGUGAUUCAUAUUCAUACAGUUUCCUACAUUCUAUAUGUGAUUCAUAUUAUACAUGUUCUACAUCUAUAUGUGAUUCAGAUUAACAUGUUCUUCAUUCUAUAUGUGAUUCAGAUUAUACAUGUUCUACAUUCUAUAUGUGAUUCAAUUAUACUGUUCCUACUUCUAUAUGUGAUUCAGAUAUACAUGUUCCAUACAUUCUAUAUGUGAUUCAGAUUAUACAUGUUCUAACAUCUAUAUGUGGGUUCAGAUUAUAUAAUGUUCUACAUCUAUAUGUGAUUCAGAUUAUAACAUGUUCUUCAUUCUAUAUGUGAUUCAGAUUAUACAUGUUCUACAUUCUAUAUGUGAUUCAGAUUAACAUGUUCUUCAUUCUAUAUGUGAUUCAGAUUAUACAUGUUCUACAUUCUUAUGUGAUCAGAUUAUACAUGUUCUUCAUUCUAUAGUUGAUUCAGAUUAUACAUGUUCUACAUUCUAUAUGUGAUUCAGAUUAUACAUGUUCUACAUUCUAUAUGUGAUUCAGAUCACAAAGUCUUGUUUGUGAACAUCAAAAGUAUUUUCUGAUUGACUGCAGAAUUAUCGUGUUUUUAUUUCUGUCAAAGCCAUGAUAGUGGUAUUUAAACAUUUAUCUUUUGAUUUAUCAUCUGAGAACAGCAUCAGAGAGAAACAGCUGUAUUGUUGAUGGCCCAAAUGGCACCCUAUUCCCUAUGUAGCGCACUAUUUAGGGAAUAGGGUGCAGUUUUGUGACAUACACUAGGAGUCUGACUGCAGUUGGAUUCCUAUAGCUCGAUACAACACUUGUUUACCAGAUAUUCAGAAACGAAAUAAUCCACUGUGCCCGAGGCCUUGACGUACAGUAAUCCCUGCUUGAUAUUCUACAGACAUUACAUUUUACAUUUUAGUCAUUUAGCAGACGCUCUUAUCCAGAGCGACUUACAGGAGCAAUUAGGGUUAAGUGCCUUGCUCAAGGGCACAUCGACAGAUUUUUCACCUAGUCGGCUCGGGGAUUAGAACCAGCGACCUUUCGGUUACUGGCACUACGCUCUUAACCACUAAACUACCUGAGAUAAGAGAAAGAGUGAUGAGAGAGAAAGGGAGAUAGAUAGAGAGAGAUGAUAGAGAAAGAUGAUCGAUAGAAAGAUAUGAGAGAGAGAGAGAUGGGAGAGAGAGAGAGCGAGAGAGAGAGAUUAGAGAGAGAGAGAGAGAGAUGAGAGAGAGAGAGAGAUUAGAAGAGCGAGGAUAGAGCUGAGAGAGAGAGCUUGCGCGAGAGAGAUUAGAGAGAGCGAGAAUUAGAGGCGGACGAGCGCCUAUAGAGCGAGCUAGAGAGAGGGAUAGAGCGAGGAGAGAGAGAGCGCUAUAGAGGCGCGCGAGAGAUGGAGUCUCUCGAUAGGCGCCGCCUAGAGAUAUCGCCUCAGAGAGAUAUAUGAUAGAGAGAGAGGAGCUGAUGAGAGAGAUUAGAGCUAUAUAAUAUAUGAGAGAAGACGAGAGAUUAGAGAUAGAGGAGCGACUAGAUAGAGAUAGAGAGAGAUAGAGAGAGAAGAGAUAUCUGAUAUAUAUAUGAUACUGAGAUGUAUAUGAGAUAGAGAGGAGAAGAGAGAGAGAGGAGAGAGAGAUGAGAGAGAGAGAGAUGAGGGACAGACAGAGAGAUGAGGGACAGAUACACUACAUGACUAAAAGUAUGUGGACACCUGCUUGUCGAACAUCUCGUUCCAAAACCAUUGGCAUUCAUAUGGAGUUGGUCCCCCCUGCUAUAACAGGGAAGGCUUCCCACUAGAUGUUGGAACAUUGCUGUGGGGACUUUCUUCCAUUCAGUCACAAGAGCAUUAGUGAGGUCGGGCACUGAUGUUGGGCGAUUAGGCCUGGCUCGCAGUCGGCAUUCCAAUUCAUCCCAAAGGUGUUCGAUGGGGUUGAGGUCAGGGCUCUGUGCAGGCCAGUCAAGUUCUUCCACACCGAUCUCGACAAACCAUUUCUGUAUGCUGCAACAGGAAAGGGCCUUCCCCAAACUGUUGCCACAAAGUUGGAAGCACAGAAUCAUCUAGAAUGUCAUUGUAUGCUGUAGCGUUAAGAUUUCCCUUCACUGGAACUAUGGGGCCUAGCCCGAACCACGAAAAACAGCCCCAGACCAUUAUUCCUUCUCCACCAAACUUUACAGUUGGCACUAUGCAUUCGGUCAGGUAGCGUUCUCCUGGCAUCCGCCAAACCCAGAUUCGUCCGUCGGACUGAUAGAUGGUAAAGCAUGAUUCAUCACUCCAGAGAAUGCGUUCCCACUGCUCCAGAGUCCAAUGGCGGCGACCUUUACACCACUCCAGCCGACACUUGACAUUGCGCAUGGUGAUCUUAGGCUUGUGUACGGCUGCUCGGCCAUGGAAACCCAUUCCAUGAAGUUCCCGACGAACAGUUCUUGUGCUGACGUUGCUUCCAGAGGCAGUUUGGAACUCGGUAGUGAGUGUUGCAACCGAGGACAGACAGUUUUAUUUCAUUUUAUACACCUGUCAGCAACGGGUGUGGCUGAAAUAGCCCAAUACACUAAUUUAAAUGUGUGUCCACAUACUGCUGUAUAUAUUGUGUAUAGUACAGUACAGUGAAAUCACAACAGGAAACAUUUCCUUCGUAUGUUUCCCUCAAUGGCCUAUCCAAGCCAGGAGGAAAUUAUCUGAAGGCAAAUUACACACACACACACAAAUGAUUUGCUCAACCUGAAACAUGGUUUUACUGAUGGGUCCUAGAUGCCCUCUCCUGCUGUUGUGCCCUUGAUCAAGACACUUAAACCCUAAACUGCUCCAGGGGUGCUGCAGUGUGGCUGACCCGGUGCUCUAAGGUCUGGGUGUCUUAGGGGGUUAGGAUAACACAAAAAGACUAAUGGCUGUGUCAUUUUACAAUAGACAAUAAAUUAUCUUCUUCCUCCUCUUCCUCCUCUUCUCUUUGUUGACAGUGAUAACAUCCUGGUUCUGGAUAUCUUCUUUGAGGCUCUGAACUACGAGACCAUCGAGCAGACGAAAGCUUACGAGUUUGCUGGAUUGCUUGGUAAGAAAACGCUCGUCAGCAGUUGUAUGGAAAUUGCUGAACAUAAUUGCAAAUAUAGUUAUUAUAAGUUUUAAUAAAAUUGCCAUUAACCACCCUGAGGUGUGUCAUUAUACCUGAAAACAAACUUUUUAAAUUAUGUUUUAGCCCGUGAAUUAAAAAAGUAACUCAAUAUUACUUAAUUUACUGUGGAACCAACGUUUCAGGUUCCAGGCACCCAGCCCUUGCCUGAAAAAUGUCAAAUAUUUUUCAUCAUGUAUAUUUUCAUCAUGCAUGUUUCAUCAUGUAUGUCAUGUGUUUUCGGGUGAUAUUGGUGGUCAGAUGGGUCUCUUUAUGUGUUUUCAGGUGAUAUUGUUGGUCAGAUGGGUCUCUUCAUGUGUUUUCGGGUGAUAUUGGUGGUCAGAUGGGUCUCGUCAUGUGUUUUCGGGUGAUAUUGGUGGUCAGAUGGGUCUCUUCAUGUGUUUUCAGGUGAUAUUGGUGGUCAGAUGGGUCUCUUCAUGUGCUUGGUUUUUUCGGGUGAUAUUGGUGGUCAGAUGGGCCUCUUCAUGUGCUUCGUGUUUUCGGGUGAUAUUGGUGGUCAGAUGGGUCUCUUCAUGUGUUUUCAGGUGAUAUUGGUGGUCAGAUGGGUCUCUUCAUGUGUUUUCAGGUGAUAUUGGUGGUCAGAUGGGUCUCUUCAUGUGCUUGGUGUUUUCGGGUGAUAUUGGUGGUCAGAUUGGUCUCUUCAUGUGCUUCGUGUUUUCGGGUGGUAUUGUUGGUCAGAUGGGUCUCUUCAUGUGCUUCGUGUUUUCGGGUGAUAUUGGUGGUCAGAUGGGUCUCUUCAUGUGCUUCGUGUUUUCGGGUGAUAUUGGUGGUCAGAUGGGUCUCUUCAUGUGCUUCGUGUUUUCAAGUGAUAUUGGUGGUCAGAUGGGUCUCUUCAUGUGUUUUCAGGUGAUAUUGGUGGUCAGAUGGGUCUCUUCAUGUGUUUUUAGGUGAUAUUGGUGGUCAGAUGGGUCUCUUCAUGUGUUUUCAGGUGAUAUUGGUGGUCAGAUGGCUCUCUUCAUGUGCUUUGUGUUUUCAGGUGAUAUUGGUGGUCAGAUGGGUCUCUUCAUGUGUUUUCAGGUGAUAUUGGUGGUCAGAUGUGUCUCUUCAUGUGCUUGGUGUUUUCGGGUGAUAUUGGUGGUCAGAUGGGUCUCUUCAUGUGCUUCGUGUUUUUGGGUGGUAUUGUUGGUCAGAUGGGUAUCUUCAUGUGCUUCGUGUCUUCGGGUGAUAUUGGUGGUAAGAUGGGUCUCUUCAUGUGAUUCGUGUUUUCGGGUGAUAUUGGUGGACAGAUGGGUCUCUUCAUGUGCUUCGUGUUUUCGGGUGAUAUUGGUGGUCAGAUGGGUCUCUUCAUGUGCUCGUGUAUUCGGGUGAUAUUGGUGGUCAGAUGGGUCUUUUCAUGUGCUUCGUGUUUUCGGGUGAUAUUGGUGGUCAGAUGGGUCUCUUCAUGUGCUUCGUGUUUUCGGGUGGUAUUGGUGGUCAGAUGGGUCUCUUCAUGUGCUUCGUGGUUUUGGGUGAUAUUGGUUGUCAGAUAGGUCUCUUCAUGUGCUUCGUGUUUUCGGGUGAUAUUGGUGGUCAGAUGGGUCUCUUCAUGUGUUUUCAGGUGAUAUUGGUGGUCAGAUGGGUCUCUUCAUGUGUUUUCAGGUGAUAUUGGUGGUCAGAUGGGUCUCUUCAUGUGCCUGGUGUUUUCGGGUGAUAUUGGUGGUCAGAUGGGUCUCUUCAUGUGUUUUCAGGUGAUAUUGGUGGUCAGAUGGGUCUCUCAUGUGUUUUCAGGUGAUAUUGGUGGUCAGAUGGGUCUCUUCAUGUGCUUUGUGUUUUCGGGUGAUAUUGGUGGUCAGAUGGGUCUCUUCAUGUGUUUUCAGGUGAUAUUGGUGGUCAGAUGGGUCUCUUCAUGUGUUUUCAGGUGAUAUUGGUGGUCAGAUGUGUCUCUUCAUGUGCUUGGUGUUUUCGGGUGAUAUUGGUGGUCAGAUGGGUCUCUUCAUGUGCUUCGUGUUUUCGGGUGGUAUUGUUGGUCAGAUGGGUAUCUUCAUGUGCUUCGUGUCUUCGGGUGAUAUUGGUGGUCAGAUGGGUCUCUUCAUGUGAUUCGUGUUUUCGGGUGAUAUUGGUGGACAGAUGGGUCUCUUCAUGUGCUUCGUGUUUUCGGGUGAUAUUGGUGGUCAGAUGGGUCUCUUCAUGUGCUCGUGUAUUCGGGUGAUAUUGGUGGUCAGAUGGGUCUCUUCAUGUGCUUCGUGUUUUCGGGUGAUAUUGGUGGUCAGAUGGGUCUCUUCAUGUGCUUCGUGUUUUCGGGUGAUAUUGGUUGUCAGAUGGGUCUCUUCAUGUGCUUCGUGUUUUCGGGUGAUAUUGGUGGUCAGAUGGGUCUCUUCAUGUGCUUCGUGUUUUCGGGUGAUAUUGGUGGUCAGAUGGGUCUCUUCAUGUGCUUCGUGUUUUCGGGUGAUAUUGGUUGUCAGAUGGGUCUCUUCAUGUGCUUCGUGUUUUCGGGUGAUAUUGGUGGUCAGAUGGGUCUCUUCAUGUGUUUUCAGGUGAUAUUGGUGGUCAGAUGGGUCUCUUCAUGUGUUUUCAGGUGAUAUUGGUGGUCAGAUGGGUCUCUUCAUGUGUUUUCAGGUGAUAUUGGUGGUCAGAUGGGUCUCUUCAUAGGUGCCAGUAUCCUCACCAUCCUAGAACUCUUUGACUACCUAUAUGAGGUAAGCCUUCAUUUUGUAAAUGUAAAAUGUUUCUAGGUUUCCUGUCAGAUCUUUCUUCAAAAUCUAAUCCGGUGUGUCCUGAAACAGUUCACCGAAGGCAUACUUAGGUAUUUGUUUAUGUCUUGGCUUUUUGCUUGCAUCUAGGUUUCCUAGAGAAUGUUUGCCUCCAGGUAAUGGUAGUAUAUAUGUAAAUGUAUGUAAAUAUCCUUCAUUUACAUGAUUCUCUCAGGGCAAUAUGUUUAGUUGAGUGAUGGACAGCCACAGGCCGUAGAACUAGCCAGCCACACAGAAACAAUCCAUUUCCACUAGCAUUGCUGCAUUCUCCAAAAAUGCUAACCAAUUUAUUGUGGAUGUUGCUUAGUAACCAGCUAACUGGUUUAACAACUGUCUGGAGGAAACAACACCCUAGGGAAGUUUUUUAAGCUACACUUAAAAAAAAAAAGUGAACUACAUGUAUCCCGUUAAAACUAGCCACACACCUUAAAACGAGCUUGCAGAUCAUUCAUUUCCAGGUGUCUGAAAGCAGCUCAUCUCUCUCAGGCGCAGCACUGUUGUAGCACUGUUGACUACAUUAACAUUUUAGACAUAUUGUAUUUGGGAUUCAGUUAGGAUGCUUCUGUUCCUGUCGGUUUUUAUCAGAGCAACAACCUCCCUGGGUAGAAUAGCUGCCUGUUCUACAAGGGUGUGUUUCAGCAUUCGCUCUUUCUGUUUACAGUAUGUUCAUGUACUCAUGAUUAAUUCUAUCUAUAUAAAACAUUUUAAUUUAAAAUGUAAUCAUUUUUUGUUAGUUUUAAUGACUUCUUGAUGGGAAAAAACUGGGAUCAGUAGCUUAUUUCAUUAUUGUACGCAUUACUGCCAUUGGAAAUCAUUUAUAAAUGUGUACCAUCAAUCGUCUUUGAAUUAUAGAACUUUCUCAUUACAAUAUUCAUUAGUCUCAAUAAGAAUCCAGUAUUAAACAACGAAAACCGUUCACCAAUAGUCCGUUUUUAAAAAAGGAAAACAGAUUAACAGUGAACAGUCAGUUGGCUGCAUUCCAAAAGUCUGUUCCUCUGAGGCACUGCUUCAAAGACCAGCUACUAUGUUUGCUUGUUUGCAGGUGAUCAAGUACAAGCUGUGUCGGUGCUCAAAUAAGAAACACAAACGCAGCAACAGCAACGACCGGGGAACAGUUCUGAGUCUGGACGACGUCAAACGCCAUGUCAGUAGGCUAGCUCUAUCUCUGGCUAAGUAUUUGCAGUGUCUGGAAGAAUUGUUGGACCGAUACAGGAUAGAUGGGGGGGGGGGGGAGAGAGAGAAAGACAGAGAGCCAAAGAAAGGAAUAGAGAGAGAGAAAGACAGACAGAGAGCCAAAGAAAGGGAGAGAUUGUGUGAGAGAGAAAUAGAGAGAGGGUGGAAAUGGUUUCACUUUAAUCACAGAUGGUCUACAGGGCCAGCCUAGUGGGUUUACAAUGAGAGCUGGGGGGGGGUGACAGCUCCUGAUUUUCAAGUGCGCACUCUUAGAAAAAAGGGUUCCAAAAGGGUUCUUUGGCUGUCCCCAUAGGAUAACCUUUUUUGGUUGCAGGGAGAACCCUUUUUGGUUUCACGUAGAACCCUUUCAGGUUCCAUUUAGAACCCUCUGCGGAAAAGGUCCUACAUGGAACCCAAAAGGGUUCUAACUGUAACCAGAAGGGUUCUACCUGGAACCAAAAAUGGUUAUACCUGUAACCAAAAAUGGGUCUACAAAGGGUUCUCCAAUGAGGACAGACAAAUAACCAUUUUAGAUCUAAAUAGCACAUUUUUUUCUAAGAGUGUAAGUGGAGCCAGUUCAGUUCAGUCUAAUUGUAGCUUGAGGACUGGGGAGGGAGGUAGGGAGGGAGAGAGAGAAACGGUUGGUUCGCUGCAUGGAGUUAUUUCAACCUCCUUUACCCUGCGUUCCUCCGUUUAAUCCAUUAUCUUUCUUUCCCUCCACACGGCACCAGUACUUCUGCCUUUCUUUCUGACCCCAAAACAGUUUCCUUUCAAAUGGCACCUUAUUCUCUAUAUAGUGCACUACUUUAGACUAAGUAGUGCACUAUAAAAUGAAAGGGUGAUUUUUGGCAGUAUUUUCUCUUUGGUUUCAUUCCACUACAGUAUGGUCACUCCUCACUACUACCGGACGUGUUAUUCAUGUCUCUCCUUCCUCUUCGCUCCUCCCUUCCUCUUCGCUCCUCCCUCAGGCGCCCUGUGAGAACCUGCGCACGCCGGGUACGUAUCCUGCCAACAUGUUACCUCACCAUCCAGCGCAGGGCAACUUCGAAGACUUCACGUGCUGAGCCAUUCAGGAGAAAGCAGGAAGUACCUGAGCCAAUCAGGACAGGAGGAAGAAGGAGGAAUAACCUGGCUGGCAGAAUGCAACCAAAGUCAACCAUACAACAAGAAUAUCUGACGUGAACGGAUUCUCAAUAUGGAAACUUUUCUUACUCUCUGAGAGGAGGGGGAAAAUAUCAACAAUCACAUCAAGUGGAGAAGAAGAAGAUUAUUCCAAACAUAUAUAUAUCUGUAAAAGUUCUGGUAAUUUUUUUGGAAUUUGCAAUCCUAGAAGUAAAUCCUGAAUGUUCUAUCUCUAUGUUUGGAAUAGAACCAGGAAACAAAGACUCUACUCUUCAAGAACACAUUGCAAAUAUGGACUUCUCACUCUAAAACAGAGAGAUAUGGGAAAUGCAUCUAACUACUGUACAGACACAACACUGUACAGACAACAUCAACAGAGCCCCAUGCCUUUACUGU